AUGGCCAUUAACACCUUCCCGAAUAAGGAUUCAAUAGAAUUUGCAUCUCUCUCCAGCGUCUUACAAAAGCGCACGCUUUUGAUCAGUCAUCACUUCAGGAGCGCUUCACUUCUUGCACCGAGGUCUUGUGAACUGCGUGUGUAUUUUAUAACUGUCUUUGUGAUCUCGUUUGAAACAUGGAAACUAAGUCAGAUAAAUCGAAAAAGUUCUCGUUUCGCAAGCGACGAACGAGCAAGAGGAAAGAAAGAAGCUGAUAUACAACAACCUGUUGAUCACGACACUGAGGCAACUGCUGUUCAUAAUUGCGAAGAAACGCCGGAAAAAGCUGGUGAUAUUGUCGAGCAAGAUGUUCAGGCAAAGACAAGCGAGGACAGAAAUGUCGCCGAGCAAUCGUCUGGCGAAGAUGGCAGCCCGAAAUCAAACGUUGAACCGGGUAACGAGGGGAAAAAGAAGUCAAAACGCAGAAGUCUUUUUAAACGAAGCAGCAAAAGAAAUUCUGCGAAUGAGGAUUGUGAAUUGAAGACGAAAGAAAGCGAUGAAGGACAAAACGAAGCCGGUUUGGUUGAAACUACUGCUGUGGAUAUUGCUAUAGCCAAUGUUGAUGAACGGCAGGUUGUUUGUGAGGAGAAACAUGGUGAGGUCACCGACCAGAGCGAUGGAGAAGGUUAUUUCAGUGUUGGGGAAGCCAGCGAAGUCGAGGGAGAAGCCUUAGCUGAGGAGAAAACAUCGCCAGAAUCUGAAGCAGAGAUCGCAACUGACAAAGGUACGAAGCGAAAGAGCUUUUUCAAGCGUGGUUUGUCGUUGAAGCGUAGGAAGGCGAAGAAACAAACACAUGAAUCAAAGGAAGAGACCGUGACGACAGAGAAGUCGUGUUGUGAAGCCCAAGCACAAACCGAAUCCUCCUCAAGAGGCGUUGAAGUCGUUGAAACAACUGUACAAGCUACGACAGGGGUUGAAGGUGACGUAUGCAGUCAGGAUAUAAACAAUGAAUCCGAAACAGACGCGGAAAAUACGUCUGAAAACCUUCCCGUUAAAUCACCAAGAAAGGUUUCAUUUGUCGGACCUGAUGGAAAGAAGAUUGAAUCUUCUGACGAGGGGGAUUCCCUGGCCGAACAAGUCGUAGAGUCUGCUGACGAAUCCGAUGAAGAUACGGUAGUUCCCGAUGAUGGUCCGAGUAAAGUGUCCGAAGAAGCCUCGGGAAAUACCGCUCCUGAGAUCGUGGUUGUGUCGGAAGAAGUCGCCUGUGUCGAAACACCUGCAGAAGGUGACGAUGAUGAUCUUACAGAGGUAUCAAGCAUGUGUUCUGACCUGCUCGCGUCAUCUGAUGCUCCUGAUACGAUCUCAACUUCAGACACAAGCCGGUUGUUUGUGUUCACAGACACUGAAGACAGUGGAUCAAGAAUCACUUUGGAGGAAAUCAGCGAGGAGUCUGAGGCCGAACCAAAAGAGAAAUCAACGAAGGAGGCUGAGUCCGAGUCAAAACCGGCAGUGGUUGGUGAAGAGACUGAGAUCGAGUCCAAACCAGAAGUGGUCGUCGAAGAGACUGGUCUCGAGUCAAAAUCUGAGGUUUCCAAGCAGGAAUCGUCGGAACAGAAAGACGAAAACGAAGCUACGAAGUUGCUUGGCAACGAUAACGCAAGCAAGGCAUGCGAGUGGGAAAUGGUGGAUAAAUCAUAUGAUAUGUCUGUUGAAUUAUCACGAGUCAGAAAACAAACAUUGUUUAGUGUUAAGAGAUUGUGUUGCUCAGUUAUGUAAGACAUGAUAACCAGGUUCAGAUGGAACAUGAGCUUAGCCAAUCACGGACACGAUGGCUCAUGGAAAGGUAAAGAUAGAGGUAAUAAACUCGUAUAUGAACCUCGCUAUUAAUACAUCAAGAUAAAUGCUGAACCUUGGACUCUCCUAGUCGUGCUGGUUUAUGGGACCUUGAACAUUUAUAUUAAUAUUUGUAUUCAUUCAUAUGAACAUUUGUCACGAACAAUUCUGACGCAUUCGUUUUGUUUUUGACUGGAACGACAGCUGCUUCCUUUAUUUUUAAUUUUGCGAAAUUUUUUGAAAAGUUGUCUUCCUCAAAAACGAAACAAUUUAUAGCGAGAGUCAGCGGCUUUUAAAUUAAGGAAUUGUAUUUUAUAUUUAUUAUGCAUUUAAGGUUAUAUUAUGAGGAUAAAUAAAGAAGGGUAUUUAGAAUAGAGUCUGUUGUAAUU